AGGAGGAAGACUGGGUGUGAAAGGAUAAACAGAUGAAUCAAAUUGUAGCAAGGGCUUAUUCACAGUGGUUAUCGUGUUGUUCGAGAAAAGCAAAGAAAGUAGUAGUGGUGAUUCCAUUUCCAAGUGACAGCUGAGCCUCCCUCACGCACACUGCUUAUGCUUUUGCUUUCCACAUCCUCUUUCUGUCGUAUCUCAGCCUUUUCUUCAGCUGCCACUUUCAUAUCAGAGUACAAUUACAGGUGGAUGCUCACCCAUUAUUUACGAAACUUCCUCCGCCACCACCUCCCACGGACCUCUUUCAACACUCUUUUCGAUUUCAGUCUUUUCGAUGGACACGUCGCAAUUAACGCCACCGCUGGUUCGCAUGUUCGAAUAUCGGCCGUUGAUAUUCUCAUCUUUUGGGAGGUUGAAGCCUGCUAACAUUGCAGUGAACAAUGCCAUUGGACUGGAGCGGAGUUGUGGAGGAUGGCGGUUCUGUUGCGAUGCUGUUCCAACUAGUUUCUUACAGCCGUUUAAAGCGGCGACGAGCAUUUGCUCUGCGAUUCACGGUAAAGGUUGCCAUGAGACCUCAACUGGUGGGAAGUCAAAAAAUAUUGUAUGGCACGAUUGUCCUGUUGGGAAGCCUCAAAGAGAAAAGUUGCUUCAGCAGAAAGGCUGUGUCAUAUGGAUAACUGGUCUGAGUGGUUCAGGAAAAAGCACUCUGGCAUGUGCAUUAAGUCAAGGCUUACAUGCAAGAAGAAAACUGACCUACAUCCUUGAUGGUGACAAUAUUAGGCAUGGUCUAAACAGUGAUCUUAGUUUUGAACCUGAAGACCGUACAGAAAACAUACGGAGAAUUGGUGAGGUAGCAAGCCUCUUUGCAGAUGCUGGGAUUAUUUGUAUUGCUAGCUUAAUAUCUCCUUUUCGGAAGGAUAGAGAUGCCUGUCGUGCUUUGCUGGCAGAAGGUGAUUUUAUUGAGGUUUUCCUUGAUGUACCACUUAAUGUAUGUGAAGCUCGGGAUCCAAAGGGUCUCUAUAAACUGUCUAGAGCAGGAAAGAUACAAGGAUUCACAGGGAUAGAUGAUCCAUAUGAAGAACCACUAAAUUCUGAGAUUGUCUUGCAAUACAAAGAAGGGAUCUGCUCGUCCCCUAACGACAUGGCUGAAAGAGUGAUUUCAUAUUUAGAAGAGAGAGGGCACCUGCAAACCUAACAGGAGGAAAUGUGGGACUUUCUUGUUAUUGAUUUGAAACAAACAGAAACUCAGUUUCGUCUAAUGCAGGAGGAGAUGAGUUAGUGCCUCAGCCUCUUAUUUCUCACUGCUAGGAAACACCUCGUUUCCUUCAGUAUCUGCUUUCCAAUUCUUGGGUUAUUUAGAAUUCUUACCAAUAAAGUUAGAAGCAUGAGAAAGAGGAUAUGCGUGUGCUUAUUAUAUUGUAAGUACUUUGUAACUUUUAAUAUUUUGUCAAGUUCAUAUUAAGCUUAUUUAAAUUCAACUUCUAGUGUCUUGAUAAUCAAACAUGUAUCAUGUAUUUCGCUCCAAUUUGACGAUACUGAUUUAUUUUUCAGCAAUCUAUUAUACAAAUUAUGCUUAGAUUGAUUUUCUAUGGUGAAAAGUCAAAUUGAAAUGGAUGCUAAAGCUUUUCCCAUGUGGAUGGUGGUAUCCAACUGGACUAAAGCUUCCCCGAUCAGCAUGCAUUGAAGCUUUUCUUUGUUCCUAAAGAUUUUAUCGAGGCAUUGAGUUGUGCAUGCACUUAUCGAAACUCUGCCUUGCUAGAUUUUCCUCCAGCUUUCCUAAAUGUCAGAUGUUGUAUGCUUUUGUUAAGGAAGAAUCAUUGAAGCAGGCUGUCACAAUUGGCUGGUAAUUUUACAAUGUUGGAGGCAUGCAAGAGAAACUAUUGUAGUACUUUGAAACGUAUCUAAUAGUUAUUGAAGAAACUUCUAUAUUUAAUGUAACUGGGUAUAGUGAUGUCUCAUUCAGUAGUUUUGGAAUAGUCUUUGGGUAAAGAAAGUAUGGUGGACCUAUUUUAGUAGUAGUCUUCAUGGAGUCUUAUAAUGUUCCAUAUGUGCCUUUCAAGGAAUAAGGAUAUGAGGAAACUUAUGGUA